GUGCUGGGGGUGGGAGCAGCACAGGAAGGCCUCUCCCGGCAGCGCCCCGGGAGCUUGCUGUGGCUGCACUGGGGCCAGGGGCAGGGCUGCGCUGUAGCUGUGGGGCCAUCAGGGUUUUGAGCUGCUUUGCCCCGAAUGCCAAGGUUUUGUAAUGUGGGCAGUCUAAUCACAGAAAAAGAAAACCGCAGAAAUGUUGCGCAGGCCAAUAAUACAGGUGCUUCGUCAGUUUAUAAGACACGAGUCUGAUUCAGCCAGCUCCUUGAUACUUGAAAGAUCCCUGAAUCGUAUCCAGUUACUCGGUCGAGUAGGACAGGACCCUGUUAUGAGGCAAGUGGAGGGAAAAAAUCCUGUUACAAUUUUUUCUCUCGCGACAAAUGAGAUGUGGCGAUCAGGUGAAAGUGAGGUGUUCCAGGCAGGUGAUAUCACCCAAAAGACAACGUGGCACAGGGUCUCUGUGUUUAGGCCAGGCCUGAGGGAUGUGGCAUAUCAGUAUGUGAAGAAGGGUGCUCGAAUCUAUGUGGAAGGGAAGAUAGACUACGGUGAAUAUACAGAUAAAAACAAUGUGAGGCGGCAGGCCACAACAAUCAUAGCAGAUAACAUUAUUUUUCUGAGCGACCAUAUCAAAGAGAAGGUGUGAGAUGUUUAGUGCUUGGACCCAUGCUAUUCCUUUCAUUUUAUAGUAUUUCCUAAUUCUGAAAUCAUGCAUAUUGCUGUAUUUCUGUAAACAAAUUAAAAAACCCUUUUA